AUGGGACCUCGGAGCCCACCCGCCCACCCCACUCCCGGGCCGGGAGCACGGAUCCGUUGCCGAGGACCGAGGUUGGGCCGAGGGGCCGGGCUGGACGUCCUCCGCGCCCCCCACAUCCACACACGCCCAACACGCAAAUCCCUCCCUCGGACGAGGCGACCAGAGCCGUCGGCCCCCGACGGCUCCAGGCGGGCACAGUGCCCGCACGGGGCACGACCCGGCGGCCACCCUGAGUUUCAAACUCCUGUUGGACCCCCCUCCCUGCCCACCACCAUGCCCUACCACACAGACACGGGCCGCCACAUAUGUAGACAGGCCCCACCGAUUCACGCGCUCCGUGCCGUACGGUUGACGAGCCAUCAGCGGCACACGGGCCUACCCGUGCCGGCCAGCGGACACACGCGGCUCACCCUCCCCGGGCCCCUCUGCAUGCCUCCUCCCCGUGUCGCCCCCAUUUUCCUGGCUGGGGCGGCAUCCCCGCCUUGGAAACGAUUCCAAGUCGUAGCCGAGGAUGUGCCCCACCUCGGGAUGAGGUCCCGCCUGGGACUCUGGUCAGUGCGGUCCCCGCCUGGGGGAUUCUUGUUGUCAGUCAUGUCCGACGAUACCCGGAGCUCUCCCUGGGCCCCGUGGCCGCACGGCCCCCGCUCACGCCUGCCCGUUUCAGGGCCGCGGACCCCGGCGUCCCGGGCCCUGGGCCCGCUGCUGCUGGCCUGCUGGGCGCUGCUCCCGGCCGGGCUCUCCGCCUGCCCCGCCCGCUGCCGCUGUGCGGGCACCAUCGUGGACUGCGGCCGGCUGGGGCUGACCGCGGACCUGCUGCCCGCCGCCUUCCCGCCGGCCACCACGGAGAUCGUGCUGUCGGCCAACAACCUGUCGGCCGUGCCCGAGGGGCUGUUCGACGGGCUGACGGCCCUGCGCGCCGUCCACUUGGCCGGGAACCCCUGGCGCUGCGACUGCGACGUCCUCUACCUGCGGGCCUGGCUGCGUUGGCAGCAGCAGCGCGACUCUUACCGCGAGCUGCGCUGCGCCUCGCCCCCCGGCCUGCGCGGCCGCCUCCUGGCCUACCUGUCGGAGGACGAGCUGUUCUCGUCGUGCCAGGCCUGGUACUGCCGCUGGGCACUGGGCGCGCAGCUCUGCCUCCUGAUCUUCCUGCUGCUGCAGGCCCUGCUGCUGCUGCUCGUCAUCCUAAGGCUGCGCCGCUUCCAGGCCGUGGCGCGGGAGGCCCGCCGUACCGCCCAGGAGCUGCUGCAGACCGUGCCGCUCGUGCCCUUGGAGCCUGACGCCCCCUCCACCUAGCCCCGGCCUCAGACCGGAUGGACUGGACAGUCGGGACCCCCCCAACCAUCCCCCCCAGCCCAGGACCCUGCUGCCCAACCUGCACUCCGCCCAGCCCCGUCCCCUUUGGCCAAGUGGAUGUGGGCGAACCCCUCUCACUCCUCUCCCCGGGCCCGGUCUCCCCACCCCCUCACCCACAGGUCGGCUGAAUGGUCAUCCGCACCCCU